GUAGUUUGUAGGGAUGAACUUGGAGAGGACGAUGUGGGAUCCGACUAAAGAAAGUUUCCGCCAAACCUUUUUGCUUCAGAUGUCGUCAGCAACUCCGCCUCCGACCUCGGAACCAAUUAUGGCGACCCCAAUCUCCUCCGCCCCUCCUCCCUUCAUUCCAAUCAACCUGGAUCCUUCGAAGGAUUCCGGCAAGGAGGUGGCGGGGACCUCUGCUCUCCCGGAGAAAACCUCCGGAGCGGGUCAGACGGAGCACCAAGCGGACGAGGCCACAAAGAAAACGAAAGCUCGGAAGCGAGACUCCGAAGCUAAAGGAAAAUGGUGGCCAUGCACCACCACCGAGAUGGAGCUGAAGAACCUCGAAUCGGAAGGCUUUCUGCAGCCCGGAAGCUGGAGGUCAGUUCCGGAUGAACCUGCUCCGGCUCCGAGGGACGAUGAGAUGGUGCUGACGAAAGCACUGGUGGAGCGCGGAUUUUCGUUUCCGCCUUCAGAAUUUUUCUUGGAGAUUCUGAAGACGUAUGGACUCCAACCUCACAACAUAUCUCCAAACUCCGUGCUCGCCAUCAGCAACCACGUCGCCCUCUGCGAAGGCCAUCUUCGGGUAACCCCUGAGAUUUCUCUGUUCCAAUAUCUUUUCUCUGUCAAGAAGAUCCGGCAAGCUGGCGAACUCGCCACAUGCGGAUCCAUUACAUUUAUGCUCCGCCCGGGCCGCGUCUACCCUCCAACCGACCGCCACGAAUCCGCGAGGUACUGGUCCGCGGGUUUCUUCUAUCUGAAGGACGUCUCCGACCCCGCGAGCGAAAAGAAACUUCCAGCUUUUAAAAACUGCCCCGCCAUCGAGCUUCCGUCAUGGACGCACUGCCCCCACUUCUCCGACUCGCCUCAGCUGACCCGCGCUGUUAGGCGGAUCUGCAAGCUCACGGAGGAGGGGCUGACGGGGAAGGACUUAACCCUUUCCUGGUUUAACAAGCGGAUCCAACCGCUACAAUACAGGGACCGCCUGAUGUUUGAGUACACAGGGCGCGACGAUCCAAUGCGCGCCACCAAAGAUAACCUUUCGGCCGACGCCCUCGACAAAAGGAUCCGGGUCCUCAUCAAGAUUUCACGUGAACUCCAUGUUCACGUGUGUAACAAAGACAUCCAUACAAAUGGAUCCGGAACUGCGCUCGAGGCGCUUGAGGAAAAUGAACUCGGAACUCUCCUCCGAGUCCCAUCCAGCAGCAACAUGGACCCGGAAGCCGCAUCGGAGGCGGAAGCUCCCGAGGCUUCCCGCCCCGCUAAGAGGAAGAAGCCGGCACCUUCCAGCCCUCGUGCAAAGCGUGCCCGCGAAGUGCUCAGCACUGUGGCUACCCGGAAAUUGGAGGCGGAAAAGAAACGCCUCUCGCUAAUUAACACCAGCAACAGAGGACAGCCUGCUUCCCAGCACUUCUUCAAACCCUCCGGGUAAACGUUCACUUCCGAGACCCAAGUCCUGAUUCAACGCUCGCUCUUAUACUUGUAUGUUUCUUACUGAAGCUCCGGAAGCCAGCCCCCCAAGGCCCCGAAGACCCUUAGGAAAACCAAGCCAUCUCCGGCUCCCGUUCCUAUUACUCCUGAUGCUGGAGUUCCGCCUAAAGCUUCAUCCACCUCUAAGCCGGAUCCAAAGGACAUCAUUAACGUUGAUGACCUUCCUGAAGACCCCGCUCAUCAUGGCGACUCCGCCAAGGGGACCUCCUCACUGAUUCCUCCGCCAGAUCAACCAAGCUCCGCGUUCGCGGAGCCCACUGAAGAGGAACAGGAGCAAAAGGUUAAGCUCCUUCAAGUGACCAACGCGACUCGAGUCCACCUCCAACCAACUCCAUCCUUUCAGAAGCUCACCCUUUCACAGCGUCACGCGGAAGUUUCCGCCAUGUUGAAUAAAGUGUGGGGUAAACCGGACGAGGAGGUGCGUGAACUCGCCGACCUGGAAG